AUGGAAGAAACCGUAAAACUUCGCACGAGAAGCUCAGUUACUGCCCCGAAUCCACUUUUGAAAAACAAGAACAAACCCAGUAGUAAAAUCUACGUAAAAUUCAGAGUCUUCAAAGUUCAUCAUAUCUAUGAUACUGUACCGUCGGAUAUAAGAGAAACUUAUAUAUGGGGUCCUUCUAUAUAUGAGUUAAGUAGUAUUUCCUGUAACGGCUCAAAACUGCUAAAUGAAGAAGAAGAACAAGCCAAACAACAAGCAUUGGAGUUCUUGAGGGGUAUGGAAAUUCAUCCUGAAGAACAUCUACGGAUCUUGACGGCUGUAUGGGCUAAGAUUCAAAAAUUGGCAGUCCGUACAACAAGUAAGACCUACGCUAAUCUUUUUGUUGGUAUAGACGUAGUGAAGCGGGAACUUUACGACCAAGAUGCUUUUAUGAGAGCUGCGAUGGAGUCCAUGGAAGAUGAUACUGAUCGUAAAGUUCCGGCGAGCGAAUCGUCGAUUGCUGGUUUGGAGAGAUGUGUGUUUGGUGAUGAGAAUUUGGAAGAGAAGAAGUGUGUGAUUUGCUUGGAAGAGAUGGAGAUGGGGAUGGAAGCGAUUCGGAUGCCGUGCUCGCAUUUUUAUCAUCAAGACUGCAUUGUUCAGUGGCUGCAUAAGAGUCACUUAUGUCCUCUUUGUCGCUAUAAAAUGCCUGUAGAAGAAGAAUAG